UGUAUGUUAAUUGCACCCUUCCAGCAACUCGUCAUACUUCUUCUCAGAUAUAUAUCUCUGAACGAUCAUAACCUUUUUCCUCUCAUUAUUUGAUGUGUCUUUUCUUCCCUAACAGCUUGCCCUUUCUUUCCUGCUAAACAAGUAAAAGAAUUCCUCGAGUUUCUACUUUUUCAUAGUGAGGGUUUUUGAAAGCUAUGAUGAGUUAAGUGGUGUUGAAACAACAAGAUCACAGCUUGAAACUGAAUCUAUCACAGGACACAUUAUUGGAGCAUUUGAGAGCUUUGCUGUAAUGGAUUAUGAUCCUCCAUUCUUGGAGACCUACAAGGCCUUUCUGCAAAAUCCCCACAGUGAAGACACAAAUACUAAUUACCCCUCUGUGGUGGAUUCAUGGGAGCCACCUAUAAUCGAUUUUGCGAAGCUAGCUUUAGAUCAAGACAGCAGACCAGAGGAACGAGAUCGGAUGAUUGAAGCAACCACAAAAUGGGGUUUGUUUCAGAUUGUUAAUCAUGAGAUUUCACAAGAAUUGCUCCACAGCAUGAUGCUUGAACAAAUGAAACUCUUUCAUCAACCUUUCGUGGAUAAGUCACCACUCAGAACUUACAAGUGGGGGAACCCUUUUGCUACUAAUUUGAGUCAACUUUCUUGGUCAGAAGCCUUUCAUAUAUGUCUCACAGAUAUAUCCAGGAUGGUAGAGAAUCAAAAUCUGAGAAGCGUUGAAGCUUUUGCAACAAAAGCGACGGCCCUUGUGGAAAGCAUAGUGGAAAUUCUGGCCCACAGAGUGAAUAUCAGAUCAAGAUAUUUCCGAGACAAUUGCUUGCCAAACAGCACUUUUGUUCGACUGAACAGAUACCCACAAUGCCCAAUAUCUUCAAAGGUGUUUGGCUUAAUGCCUCACAGUGAUUCCAGUUUUCUCACAAUUGUCUAUCAAGACAAAGUUGGAGGCUUGCAAGUGAUGAAAGAUGCAAAGUGGGUCGGUGUAAACCCUAACCCUAAUGCUCUACUUGUUAUCAUUGGUGACCUAUUCCAGGCAUUGAGUAAUGGAGUGUACAGAAGCAUAAAACACAGAGUAGUUGCUGCUGAAAGGAUUGAGAGGUUUUCUGCGGCAUAUUUCUUUUGCCCUUCGGAUGAUACAGUGAUACAGAGCAGUGAAAAUAACAAUAAGCCUGCUAUGUACAGGAAGUUUACUUUUAGAGAGUAUAGAGUCCAAACUGGGAAAGAUGUCAAGCAAAUCGGUGAUAAAGUGGGGCUCUCUAGGUUUCUUGCGUAGAAUAAUAUAGAUAGGUAAAGUGCUUAAUUAAUUUGUCUAAUAAUGAUAAGUUUUAAUUAAUCAUGCUAAGAUUAUUCCUCCUUAUCUGUUAGUGUCUUGAAUUAGUCUUCUUUGAUUGUGACGCGUAUUUGUG